AUGGCUGAUGAAUGUAACAGUAAUCCGACUGAUACUGUUGCUGUUGAUGCCGAUAUUGGAGCUCAGAGUAUUGUAAGUACUGAUGUACCGAUUAUUCCAGUAGCUCCUAUGGCAUCAGAGCAAGAUAAUGUCGCUGUUGCAUGUGGUGACGGCGAUGCAUCGAGACCGAUAGUCGGCAAAGACGGAAAAAACGAAAAUAAAGAAAGAACAGCUGCAAAUGUCACUGAUGAAACGGACGUUGAAAUUGUUCUUGCCGUAGUGGAAAGUUUAAAAAAUAUAACAGUGAGAAGUUUGGGUGAAGAAACGGGUCCUGACAAAUUAACCAACAAAAUGAUUAUGGCGGAAUAUUAUAAAACACUUCCGGUUGAUUGGGAUGGUGCUCCAGAAUUUCAGUGGAGGCUGUGCAAGGAUGAAUCAGAUAGACGUGUGGUAAUUUUUGAAAAUGUUUUACCAGCAGAUAUGCACAAUCCUUGGUUUUACACUGCACUUCUUCGCUGUAAACGAGUUAUUAUGGAAUUCCCGCUCUCAGCUGGGAAAAUUGAUGCAGAUUUUAACCAUUUAUAUGGACGAAUUGAAGGAUAUUUCCAAAGUGAUCAUCCUAUUGCAUACUGUGCUGUAAACAACCUCAUUCAUAUACGAACUGGUGCACAUCGGGUGAAAAUCUAUUUGCCGCAAACAAAAUGGGUACGAAAAUACAAGGAAAUACUGGAAAGUCGUUUGGGUCGAAUGCGAGAACCGAUGGAAAGUAUGCGUUAUUUGAUCGUGAAACCUGUAAAUAGCGAAGUAACGGAAAAGCAAAUUCGUGAAACUUGUUUUAAAAAUUAUCCAAUCGAGAGUGUACGUUUUGAAAGAGAUAUGUUAGGGCAGCGUAUGGCAAUUUUAUUGUUCCCAACUGCUCGGGAAGCUGUAGCGGCUCAUUCUAAUAAUGAUUUUAUUCAUGUCGGUGCACGAAAUGUGCCGAGUAAUUAUAUCAAAGUAUAUUUCCCGAAUGUGGAUUUCCAUGGUUGGGAUCGUCUUAUUGUACCAACACCAGAAACCGAUAUGUAUUGUUUAUUAACCUAUAAAGAAUUCAUCUCAUACACACAAUCCAAAAAGAUUGAGCAAGAACAUGAAAAAUUAUCGAAAGCAUCAGCAAUAAUGGAAGCAAAGCAUAUCCGAAAUGAAAAAACGGUGCAGGAUCGAAAGCGUACAUUAGAAACGGAUAUUAUCGAAAGUGGUGGUAGUACUAAUACUGAAUGCAGUGUUGCACAUGGUUGCGAGAGCAUUAAGCCGGCUGAGAAAAAUGUUGGACUGAGAAAUCUGCAGUCGAAACCAACGUUUCCAAAAAAAAAUCAAUCUUGCGGUGAUGCGAAAAGAAUAACAGAGGAUGAUGGUAGUGGGCCGUCUCGAAAACGGCGGAGAGCAGGUAGGUAUAGAAGACGACGAUACAGUCGAUCUGAUUCAUUUCGAUCAAUUCCAUCGUAUUCAAUGCCACCAGUUCCACCGCGGUACGGAGGAGGCUACAGAGUAGAACCUUGGAGACGUCCACCACAGCCAGCUCCAUAUCCAUACGGCCCUGGUUUUGAUUCGUAUGGUUACGCAGAUGCCAGGCGAAGGAAACCACCGGGCAAAUUGCCCGUGAUGGACGUUGCCGUACCGGAUGUGGCUCCACCUUUGUCACGUCCCACUGUUCCAUUGAGUGGUGCUAUGGAACGGAGAAAAGAAAUGGAUUUGCAAGAGCAUAUUUUACGUCAACAAAAAGUUAUUGACGAUCUUGCGAAAAAGUUAUCUUCACAAAACACUGCACCAGAUUACAUGAGAAGACCAGAAAUGAAUGAUCCGUAUGCAAUUGUGCAAACACCAUCAACAUCAUCAUUAUCAGCAGCAGCAGCAGCAGGAAGUGCCACAAAUAAGAUGCCAGCCUGGGUGACACCGUCGAUAUAUACUCAACCACAAGGUGGCAACUCUGCUGAAACAUAUGAAGCAUGGCGAUAA